CGCCUUUGGCACGAAGCUCUACAGAUGGCGACACGACCGGUAGUGCCUGCCGCCCUCGCCGGCUGCUGCACUGUCCUCUCCAUCAUGGGCGUCCUCAUCCUCUCCGUCUUCGGGUACGGAUUCUCACACAACUGGCCUGCAUUCAUGGGCAGCGAAGAGAACCCAAAGGAUGGCGUGGCAGUGGGGGAGACGUGCUAUGUUGCCGCUAUGGUCUAUGGUGCCUUCAUCGUCUUUUGUGGCUGCCAACUCGGCGUUCACAGGCGGUAUAGUCGCAUCAGGCUCUAACGUGGGGAUCCCGACGAGGAGACAAGCAGUCGACAAGUGGAAUCGCAUGAUCACGACGCACUCAAUGGCACCAUAUCACACACUCAUUCUCACUCGCAUGCUGUUACAGUGGUGAAGAUACAUUACAAUUGAAAGUAAGAAUCAUACGGGAUUUCACAGCUCGGCUCGAUU